AUGACUCAAGGUGCCAUUUUCGACAAAAUGAUGAUGAUGGACACGCUGCGCCAGUUCUUCUGCCUCGGCUUUGGUCUUACGGCCAUCUAUAUCGCCUCCUGCGUCUUCUACAAUCUCUUCCUCCACCCCCUCCGCCGCUUCCCCGGUCCACUCCUUAUGCGCGCCACCCGCGUGACGUACUGCUACUAUGUAUGGCGCGGGACCAUGGCAUUUGACGUCCGCGACCUGCACAGGCGGUACGGCGAUGUGGUACGCAUUGCCCCGGACGAGCUCGCAUUUGCGGACCCGUCGGCGUGGAAGGAGAUCAUGGGCCACAAGACCGGCGGCGGCGGCGGCGGUGCUAACGAGGCCGGAGCUGCGGAACUCGAGUUCGGGAAGGCGGAGCGGUUUUACCGGCCAAUCUCGGAUCACCCGCAGGACAUUAUCACGGCACCUGCACCGGUACACGCGAUGCUGCGAAGGCAGCUAAGCCAUGGCUUCAGCGAGCAGGGUUUGAGGGAGCAGGAGCCCGUCAUUAUGAAGUACGUCAACUUCUUCAUUGACCGGCUGUCGGAGACCAUCGGGGGUCACGAUGUCGCCGCGGCGGCAGAGGAGAAACAUCAGGAGGAGAGGCCGGUCGACCUUGGGCUGUGGUACAAUCACUGCACGUUCGACAUCAUCGGUGACCUCGCGUUUGGGGAGUCGUUUGGGUGCCUCGAGACCGGGAAGCUGCACCCCUGGGUGCAAACCAUCUUCCUGGCGGUGCGGGCGGGCGUGGCGCUGCAAUUGGCGAACUAUUUCUCGGUUCUGCGGAGGCUGCUGACAGCGGUGCUCUCAACGCCGGCGAUACAGGAGAAGAGGAUACAGCACCGGGAGCUGACGAUGAGGAAACUUUUGAGGCGGAUCGAACUGGGGGAGAGGGAGGGGCCUAGGCCCGAUCUGAUGGAGGGGUUGCUGAGGAAGAAGAGCGAGUGGAACCUCUCGCUUGAGGAGCUCGAGGCCAACGCAAGCAUUCUCAUCGUUGCUGGGUCCGAGACGACGGCGACGCUUUUGUCGGGCGUGACGUAUCUGCUACUCAAGAACCCCGAAAAGAUGGCGGCGCUGGUGCGCGAGGUGCGGACGGCGUUCAGGAGCGAGGACGACAUCAACCUCACGUCCGUCACCGGGCUACCGUACAUGCUGGCGUGCCUCAACGAGGCGCUACGGAUGUAUCCGCCCGCGCCGAUAGGGCUGCCGAGGACGACGCCAGAGGGCGGGGCGACGGUGCUUGGGGAGUUUAUUCCCGAGAAGACGACAGUGGUCAUCUACCACUGGGCCAUGUACCACAACGAGAGGAACUUCAAAAACCCCUUCCUCUUCCAUCCGGAGCGGUUUCUGGGCGACCCGGAGUACGCCUCGGACCGGCGCGAAGCGCUCCAGCCCUUCCAGGUCGGGCCGCGGAAGUGUCUUGGGAGAAACCUGGCGUACGCCGAAAUGAAAACCAUACUUGCGAGGCUGCUUUGGAAGUUCGACCUGGUGCUCGCGGACGACAGCCAGCAGUGGAUGGAGAGGCAGAAGAUCUUCAUCUUGUGGGAGAGGGGGCCGCUGAACGUCUACCUGAAGCCGGUUGCGAGGAGCUGA